GGUCUGGAGCAGAAGGAGGUGCAUCCUGGGAAGAACCAGCGUUGUUGGGGGGAAGAGAGAGGGAGAGGAAUCAGAAAGUGAGGCCGUUUGCAUUCCGUGGACUCUCUCUCUCUCUCUCUCUCUCAGGCUGAGAGGCGCCCCGGGGCCCGCGCUCCCGCCACAAGCGCGGCUCCCAACGGCCGCCGGCCAACGGCGCGAGGCAUGUGACGGACGGGCCUCCCUCCCGCCCGCCCGCCAGCCAGCGAGCGCCACCGCCGCCGCCGCGCACUCGGAACAUGGACAGGAACUACACGGCGCCCAACUUCACCGACCCGCUGGUCGCCAGCGGGCAAGCGUGGCCGUACGAGCGGGCGGGGAGCGGCGUCAAGUCCAGCUUGAGCUAUGGAGCAUCACAUCCAGAAACUGACCUCAUUCAUAGACAGGCUUAUGCAACAUCUCACCAGCUGCCUGGCUAUACCACUACACAUCAUCCUACAGGGCUGUCCAGUUUGUUUGAUGCAACCAUGCAACAUUCUGGCAGUGGUGCAUCGGAGACAUCUGUUAUGAAUUUCCUUUCGGCUAUUGAAUCACGUACCCCUCAGAGUGGACCUGCUACAGCCUCCCUGCUACCACAGUUCAGAACACCUUCAUGGCAGACAGGUAUGCACUCUUCAACGCCUACAGAACUGUUCGUCACUGGAGCACUGCAAGCUUCAGGAACAUUCCCGCCAUCAGCUCUUGCAGCUUAUCAGCAUCCUUCUUCCUUCAGUAGUCGUGGCUUUACUGGUACCCAGUCUCUGACGCUACAAGAUGCAGCUUUCAAUCCUACAACAAACGGGCUUCUUUCUCCACAUGAUCCUUUGCUUCAGAUCAAGUCUUCUCAGACUGCUGUUCCUUCCCCAUUGACAUUUGACAGAAUUGGUAGUACUGUUUUAAGUACAAGCAUACCCCAGUCUUCAACAUAUCGUUCUGCUCAAGAAUCUGCUCCUCAUCACUUACAACCACAAUUUAGCUUGUUGCCUUCAGCACUUGGACCAGCUCAGCAAGCCUCUCAACCAUAUGCCACGUCAGUUUUUUCUAGUUCAACUGCCUCUAUUGAAAGGGCACUUCAAAGAGAAUGUAGUGUUAUUAAGCAUCACCAGCGGCCUUCCAGCUCACACUCGGUGCAGGCGCAGUUACCAAGUUCUCACCAUUCCUUGCAAAACUAUCUUGCCAGUGGGAGUGGAGUUGAUUUUCAGGAAACAUCAAGACAUACAGGUUUAGCGUGCAGCCCUCUGGGAGACCAGUCUCAGGUGAGCAAUGGUGGAACUCAACAAAAGAACUCUCCAGUAACAGUUGAGCAGUCACAGAGUUAUUCGUCCACUGUUCAAUCUCCUGAUUAUUCCUCGAAACCCAAGAAUUGUUCAAGGUCAGCUCAACGUUCCACAAAAACCGCCAAAUCCCAAAGUGCAACCGUGACUGUACAAACACAGACUUACUCCACAGCCACGCAAAAACAAAGUUCUGUAAUAGCAAGCCAGUCUCAAGUAUACUCUUCAGGGCAGGCAUCAAACCUAAUAAUGUCAAAUAGUCAGUCACAGAGCUAUGUUUCAACACAGUCUCAAAAUAUGUCGACUGUUAGUCACUCAGAAGUAUAUUCUUCCAGUCAGCCUGAGAAACUCACUACUUUAAGCAAGUCACCAGCUUCUUAUUCCGGUCAGUCGCAGAACUUGACAUCUGUUAGUCAAACACUUAGCUACUCUUCUGACCAGUCACAAGUAUUGCCUUCAGUUAGUCACACUGACAACUAUUCUGGUCAAUCACAGAAUCUGUCUUCUGUCAACCAGACACAAAGCUAUUCUUCUAGUCACUCUCAGGGAUUGCCUGCUGUGAGUCAGUCACAAAACAGCUAUUCAGCACAGACCCAGGGCUUGUCAACUGUUAGUCUUUCACAAAGUUAUGCUUCCGGACAAUCUCUCACUUUGACAUCCCACACGCAGUCAUUGCCAUUUUCUUCAUCUGCUCGUGCACAGAAUCUAUCUGCAUCCAGUCCAACUCAGAACUUUAUGUCUAUGCAUUCGUCACCAACCAGUCAGUCACAAAGUGUUUCUUCACCCCAAUCUCAGAAGUUUUUAUCAGGAGUUCAUUCGCCUACUUUCACUUCAUCAUCUCAUUCACACACCAUGCAAAACACUCAAUCGUCCACGGACAGAAAGCAGUCUUAUAUAAAAAGGAAAUCUGAUUCUGAUAUAUUUGCUCCUUCUAAGGAAGCUGAGGGUUUUCCUAUUCAGAAUUUGUUACAGCAGCAGCCUUCCCUUGAUGCAUCCACUCCAGGUUUAACUGAAAGUGGAAUUGGGGAUGAAGGUGCUGUUUACCCUGCCUCAAAAGCAGAUGACCGGUAUCUAUCUCAGAGUGUUAUCAGGAGUAAUUCUCGCCUAGAGGAACAGAUUGUAGGUCUUACUCUUCAAGUGUCAAAAUCAGAUGAAAGAAAACAUGAGCACGUAAAGCAAUUUAAUGUGACACGACCUAUAGAAAUGGUAACUCAUCAUGGUCAGCCAAUUGGUAGUAACAAUGAUAUAAACACACACAAGAUGAAAAGUGUUGCCGAUUCAUCACAGCCUUCGCAUAUAAUUAUGGCUGCUGAAGAAUUGAAGCAGCCUCAUUCUCUUUUACAAAAGGCGCCAGAGACUAGACCACAAGCUCGUCUCACACAAGUUAUUAACACGCCACAACAAUUGCAGACUUCCUCUGUUAAUCAGGUUCCACGACUGCAGCUUUCUGGUGCACGGUUACUCCUGGGUUCAUCCCGUGAAAUGCCACUGUCAUUGCUGCAGCAGUCAGUAGGACUCCAGGCCCAGUUGCUACAGUCAGGACUAGGUCAAUCCCAAGCAUCGUCACAGUCGCAGCAAAUACAGGCUCAGUCUCAGGCAUCCCAUCAUCAGUCACAAUUUCUUCAACUUGAGCGGCACAUUGCCCAAGCCAACGCAACGCAAUCUCAACAGCUUCUGCAACAGAAUUCUGAGGCAAUGAAGCUAGAUGGCACUGAAUCUUCGAAACCACUACAGUUAACAGCAAAAGAUCAUUUUGAUCAGACAGACAGACAGGAUUCAAAGUCUCAGUUUGUUGGCCUUAGUUCUGUCUGUUUUACAGAAUCUAUGUUGCUUGGUGUUGAUAGAAACCUCUUCUCUGGUGUUGAAGAUGUGUUUUCUGCCAACGAGCAGUGUGGAGUGACUUCACAAGAGUUUGCCAAAUCUGCUUGUAGUGAAUCCAGUAUUCAAUCAGUUGAAUGUGCCAAUGGUUCAAAAUCCACAUUUCAAACAGUGACUGUAAGGCAUGUUACACCAAACUUCCACACCACACAAGCUUUGCUUUCGGAUCAACAAAAUAUACAUAAUUUGGCAUUAAGUAAUAGUCAGAUUAAUUUGGAUCUUGAGGCAGUACCGUUAGAUAAUACAGCUCAGUCUAAAACUUCAAACCUUGAACAGCAAACGCUUGGAACAGAUCAGCAAAUACAGCCUGGUUUAAAUACAUCAAAUUUGAAUUCCAUCCAAGAUGCCAAUGACCACAGUAUUGAGGGCUUUAAAAAGCAGCUAGGUGCUAAUCCAGAAUCCGAAGAGGAUGAUAAUGAUGACAUUCCUGAUGAUGGUGCCAUAAAUAAUGCAAAGGAUCCUGACUUCAUUCCAAGUGGUAGAAGUAACACUGAUGAGAGUGCUGUAUCUGACAUUGAUUACAACCUGGGUGAUGAGAUUACGCCAGGAUCUAAUAAUAAAAGGAAAUUAAAGAGACCAGUGAAGCCUAAAUUAAAAAUGGGAGUACCAGCAGAUGGGUGGUCUCACAGUGUGCCUGAAGAAGAAAGUAAUCUAGACUUGUCGCUUGAUGGUAAUCAGAAAAAAAGAAGAGCAAAAGUGCAACCUAAAGAAGUGGCAGAGGAUGACAUUGGUGGUCAGAAGCCAGUGAAACGAAGUGGGCCGAGUAAACGCCCGAAUUCCAAAGAUCCAAACUCGCCUCAUACAUCUAAUGACAGUUAUUAUGAAAAUUACCAUCAGCAAGAAAGGAUAAAUCAAAAAAUUAGAGAAGUUGAGGAAAAGCAACCAGAAGUUAAGAGUGGUUUCAUUGCAUCCUUUUUAGACUUUCUUAAAUCGGGACCUAAGCAGCAAUUUCCAGCACCUUCUGUACGUACGGCACAUCGCAAUAGGCGUCCAUCCACCAAUACCAUUCAUGCUCCUCUGAUUCCACCAGUUUCAACUAGUCAGUCGGUGCCAACUGCCUUAUUAUCGACUGAAAGUGGACCUACCAGUCCUUGCAGAAGAUUAGAUGAUGACCUGAAGAAAAACCUGGAAACGUUAGCUGCAUUUUCUUCUGAUGAGGAAGAUUCGGUUGGGAAGAACCAUGAUCUUCAGAAGAGUAUUUCCUCUGCACUUUCUGUUUUGGAUGAUCCCAAUAAAAAAGAAAAAUGUACAAAAAUAGAGUCCACUAAUGGAGAAAAGGGUUCCAACACUUCUGUUUCUGCUGUUAUACAGCAGGAAAAAGUUACAAAUCCUUCUCCGCCUCCUCCUCCUCCUCUUCCUCCUCCUCCUCCUUCAAAAGAGGAAGCACAGGAGCCAACUGAAGCUCUAGAAUCUUCCAAGGAAAAUGAACAAGAUGAUUUGAAUCCUCCAGAGCGGGCUGAAAAGCAAGAACUAAUUGCUGUGGAAGGUUCAACGGAUGAAGAGGAUAUAGAAAGUGGCGGGGAGGGCAUGUACAGGGAGCGAGAUGAAUUUGUUGUAAAGAUAGAGGACAUUAACGCUCUUAAGGUGGCCUUAAACACAGGUAGAGAACCUCCUGCAAUAUGGAAGGUACAGAAAGCUUUGUUGCAAAAAUUUAUGCCUGAAGUAAAGGAUGGACGGAGACAAUUCUCCGCGACAAACAGCUACCUUGGAUACUUUGGGGAUGCAAAAACCAAAUACAAACGGGUGUAUGUGAAGUUCAUCGAAAAUGUAAACAAAAAGGAUUAUGUUCGAGUUUGUUCCAAAAAGCCAAGAAACAGACCAUUGCAAACUUUACGGCACGCACAGUCAAGGACGGGUUCUAGUAAUAAAACCUGCAUCAGUAACUCUGCAGCACAGAAAGGUUCAUCAGCAAAAUCCAAAGCCAGGCCAGUUAAACAAGCAAAGGUAAAAGCCGAACCACCGCCCAAAAAACGAAAGAAAUGGGUAAAAGAAGAAUAUUCGUCUCACUCAGACACUUCCAUUGAAACACAGAGUGAAGAUGACGAUGAUGACAAUGGAUUUCUUUCGAAAGUGAAUACACAUGGAAAAACUGUCAAAAACAUUCAGCAGAAAUCAGAACGACCUCCAACAACUCCAUAUGUAGCUCGUUUCUUGAAUACCAGAACAAUGAAAGAGACAUUUAAGAACUAUGUAGAGCUGCUUGUGAGUACAGCCUUGGAUCCUGACAUGAUUGAGGCAUCAGAACAAAGUAAUGAUGAAAUGUACUUGCCACAUAUGAGGAAGAUUGAUAGUAUGCUGAAUGAGAACAAGAAGCGAAUGAUUUCUAAGUUCCCACUGCAGCCAGCACUCAAGACUGCACUGGAGAAUUUUCCUGAGCUAACAGUAUGUGUCCCAGGAACAAAGGGUAGCAAUUCCAAGCUGACCAAAAUUAAACUGACUGGUAAAAAUUACAACAAGAAAACGCUCCAAUCAUUAAAACAGAAUAGUAAGAGCUCAAAGGAGUUUACUGUAGAUCAAGAGAAAUUGCAGUGCUGUACUUUAUAUCACACCCUUCAUCACUAUAAAUAUCACACAUACCUGAUAUGCAAGAAAGAGGCAUCGUCCAUUCUGAAGCAGAACAAAGAUCUAGGCCAAGUUGAAACUAUCCAGCAAUGCAUGGAAAAUGAGAAAUGGGUGGAGGAUCUCUUUGAGAAAUUUGGCGACCUUCUGACACAAGCACAGCAGAACUGUUUAUAAUGUACAUAUGAGAUUUUUCACCGGUUGUAUCAAUGGCACUAGUGAUAUCAUGGGACAUACUGAAAUGAACUUUGGCACCCGGGCUGAUGCUUGGACUAAGCUUAUAAUAGUGGCACUCAUGGGUUUUAAUGGACCUUGUACUUUGGCCCAUAGUUAAAUGGUCAUAGUGGCCAAGAAAACACAUUUUGACAUUGGGAGUAAAGUAAUUAUUACGACUGUAACCACAUUUUUUAUAAUGGCCAAUGUUUUUGAUUUAUUUGUAUUCCGUGAACUUGAGGUAUUGAGUAAUGGUUAUUUCCAAAAAAAAAGUAAAACAUUUUUUUUAAAAAAAAUUUGUGACCGAUCAAAAUGGCAAGGCAUGCACUAAGUAUAUUAUGAUUUUCUUAUUAAUAUAGUUUAAACACAUUAGGAAACUCUGUUCUACAAGAAAUACUUUAAAAUUGAUUACCUGACUUACUGAUCCACAAGACAAAAAUGCCAGAGGCAACCAGAGCUUUGUAAUGUUUGCCAACCAUAUUUCUACACACAAUGUAAGGAAAGUUGGUGUGCCGUGACACUCUUUAAAGUGAAUUUGCCAACAGAAAAUAACACUUGCUUUACAGACUCAAAAUAGUAAGUUCAGGAAACUGGACGUGGAGUUGGUGCAAUCCAAUGACUGUGUCAAUUCUGAUAAUGAAAAUGUGAUGAACACAUCUAUUUUCCCAAUUUGAAGAAAAAAUUAUUUUUCCUCUUUAUCCAUAUUUCUUCAAAAAAUAAAUUGUACAUUUUAUCACAUCAAUAGUUGUAUUUUUCAGAGAAAAUAUUGUGGUUUGAAUUAUGUUCAUGUAUCUUUGUAAUACACUUCUCAUUGUUUCCAGUAAAUUCUUUUCACUUACAUUGAUCACACAUUGUAUACUUCAUAUACUGAGGUAAACUACUAUUUCUGAAUUCUUGUUAAUACAGUUUGCUUCAGUGUUUACCAGAUAUGCAUAUUGGACUAGUUUUGCCUUUUAAGUGUAGCUGUGUUACACAUUUCAAUUAUUUUCUGAUACAUGAAAAUAAAUUUCCUACUAAACCUAAUGCCAAAAAUAUCUAUUUUUAUGUUGCACCAUGAUAAAUUAUGAUAUUUGUAAAAGUAGUUUUAAUUUCAAU